UACUCUUUUGUGUGUGUGUGUGUAUUGAAGGUUACGUUUGGUGUGCUAUUCCACGAUGAUAGGUGUGCAAACAUAUUUGAAGCACUGGUUGGGACACUGAGGGCAGCAAAGAAGCGCAAAGUUGUGGCAUACGAGGGUGAGUUACUCUUACAAGGAGUGCAUGAUAACGUCGAAAUUGUCCUCAAACCCACCCCACCACCUGCAACUGACGCACUUGCAAACAAGUAAAAGAAUGUGAUAUUUUGCUUAUAUAUCCGGUUCCCUAUGUCGUGAACUGAUUUGGAAGGUAAUUGUAUUCUAUGUUGUAUUAUUUGCUUUCGAGACUCGUGGAACUAUUCCCAAUGUUCGCGCUUGCCAAAGUAUUUUAUGGUCCGGUUUUCCUAAAUCAUGUGAAGCAGGGGCGUGUAAGCCGCAUUGAUAUUGUU